AAAAUUUUGAGAAACUUCACUAUUGAGGACGACUCGCGAAAAGGGAAGGAUAUUUUCCUUUUUUCGUUUCAUAAUUUGCGAUUUUUAGGAUAUGUGAAACAAAUAAAAAGGAACAUACAAAAUGGGUCGCUCACCAUCACCGGCUCGUCGACGGCCAAAGGAUAAACACCGUGAUCGCUUAAAACACAGAAAACGCAGCAGAAGUCGAGACAAAAGCCGCAGUCCCGUGGAUCGACGCCGAAAAGAACGUCGAUACUCCAGAUCGCCCGUCGAAAGAAGUCGUAGAACUACUAGAUCCCGUUCAAGGUCGUACGAGAGAGACACACGAAAAAGAUCGCCAGGACCAUCGUCGUCGUCGUCAUCACACAAAUUGUCGUCAAAAUCAUCGCGAGCCACAUCAUCGAAGAACGACUUUGAAGGUGCCCAAUCGGUGGACGAGCAAGAAAUGGCGAAACUCAUGGGAUUCAGUGGAUUCUCGUCGACGAAAGGUAAAAAAGUCGAGGGAAAUGAUGUCGGCGAGGUUCACGUGAUCCUCAAACGGAAGUACAGACAGUACAUGAAUCGGAAAGGCGGCUUUAAUCGACCACUCGAUUUUGUUGCCUAGCACAUCGUUCGUCAUUCGUCGUCGUCGUCGCAUCCAUCAAUCAUUCACACACACAAACAUCCUUUUCUUUUCUCUUUCUUAACUUAUCCGAACUUAAUUCAUUAGUUUACUCGUAUUAGUUGUUAGUAUUCAUAGCCUCAAGUGAAAAACUAUGCUAUGGGUAUAUUUUUCCGCUAUAUAUUUCUCCACAAAUCAACAAUAGUCCAAUUAACCAAUCUACAGGUUUUAAAUAGUUAUUAUUCAUAUACACACACACACACAAACACACUACAAACCAUAAAAUGCAAUAGUUGAAGUGAAAUGCAGCAGAUCUCGCAGAUUUUAUUAAUAUUAGUAGACUUAAAAAAUCCCCUAGUUCCCUGUCUCCCAUUGAAAAUCAAAAAAUGCAACACAAAAAAACUUGCGAACGUUAAGAAUCGCGAAACCCGUUUUUCUCGCAUCUCCUUCGUCUUCUAUCACACAAGUCCCCCGUGUUAAUGUUUCAAAAUGCAUCAUGUUUGCCUUAUAUUAGUAUGAGAUGAAGCGCACAUAUACAGCAAGUACCUGCCCUGUAAUGACAAACUGUUAAAAAGUUUUUUAAAAGAUUUCUCGCUGCACUCACUUCAUUCAAAAAUAAACUAGGAUAAAUACAAAAUAUUUGGAUAUUUACAAACAAUAAAGUACAAUAGUUAUUUUUUACCUCACAAAAUAUAUAUAAAGAGAAUAUACCUCAGCAAGCCGAUUUAUAGUAAUAAUAAUUAUUAUUAUUAGUUUUAAGAUUGUAUUUAAAAAGAUAAAUUUUUUAAAACUUUCAUUAGGCAUUCUCUUUCUGAUACACAUAAAAAUACACUAUAUAUCUUUAGGUCAUUUUUCAUUCAUUAUAAAAUAAAUUUGCAAAAAAAAACAUUUCAAAUCAUAAAUGUAUAAAAAAUUUUAAUAAUGAAUAAAAA